UCAAAAUACCCUACUAACAACAACCUCUUGAGACUUUGUGGUAGGAUUCAAGACUUACGCAGACUUUUUACCAAUACAUUUGACGGAUUUUUAUUCAUUUUUCAUUUAUUUAUAAGACCAAUAAUUUACAUAAGAAGAGGUAUGCCUCAUCUGCCAGUGCUUCGUUUUAUGGCCAUAUAUGUCAUGCUGUUUGGAUACCUUGGGGAUGCUUAUGCCGGGGCGGUUUUACUCAACUCUAAUGCCAUCAAGAACUUGCCCGGUGGCACCGACAUGGUUAGCCCGAGCCCACGUCCAUCUUCACCAGAUAGCGACCGGCAGAAAGCAGUCGUGGACACUUUGCAGCCUACUUGCACAUAUGAUGAUGAGUGUGGGACCGAUGAAUUCUGCAACGAUAUCCGAGGCGCGUGCCUCCCAUGCCGAAAGAUCCGAAAGCGGUGCGCAAGGGAUUCAAUGUGCUGCGCUGGGAACCGCUGCAUCAACGGUGUUUGUCAGGCCAGUGAUCAAGAUGCUGAAGCUGCAGUCACUACCAGUGUUGGGAAUAGGCAGAACAACACCAUGGAACACCAUGGCAAGAGACUGCCUCUGCCCCAAGGUCAACCACAACAUUCUGUCAAAGGUCGGGAAGGUAACAACUGCCUGAGGUCCUCUGACUGCUCUGAGGGUCUGUGCUGUGCACGCCACUUCUGGUCUCGUAUCUGUAAGCCGGUGCUGACGGAGGGCCAAGUGUGCACGCGUCACCGUAGGAAAGGCGGCCAUGGCCUGGAGCUGUUCCAGCGCUGCGACUGUGGAGAUGGCCUCUCCUGCAGACCGGAGAGAGGAGAGAAAGACCCCGGAGUCAGCAGGACCGCAGACCGGAACCUACACACCUGCCAGAGACGCUGACACACACACACAUCCUGGACAUACACACUGCCUAAGAUGCUGACACGCUGCCCACAACCUACACAUCUGUCAGAGACGCUGACACACACACAUCCUGGACAUACACACUGCCUAAGAUGCUGACACGCUGCCCACAACCUACACAUCUGUCAGAGACGCUGACACACACACACACACACAACACACGACACCUGGAAAGGAAGACCAGAUUCCAGAGAAAAGUGAUACGCCCAGAGGGAUGUGAUGGUUUAAAAUGGACCAAUCCGAUUCACCUGGAUGCUGGGGGUUGCCGAAUAAGGAAGCUGUCAUUGGAUGUGUCUUGGAAAGAUCGAUACGUCAUUAAAAAUGGCAGAGUUGUUUUGUUUCUCUUUUAUGGAACUUAACCUUGAUUAUUGCAGUAAAUUACUGUAUUGUAAAUACUGUACUGGAGGUGGUACUUAACUGAGCUAUUGAAUUCUGUCAGCACCAGUAUGAUAAAUAUGAACACGGUGCUGCACGGUUCCUUUCCAAUAUUGUAAAUGUGUACACAAUAUGAUUGAUAUUGUUAUUUACUGUCUAAUGUAAAAUGUACAUUUUCAUUAUUUACUUGUAAAAAUUAACAAAUAGUAAAGAUAUCUGUUUUAUUAAAACAUUCUAUUAACCUGACCCAUGUUGUAAGUGUGGCUGCUCGAGUUCUACAAGAAAAAACCUUGUUUGGCUAUUUUACAAUGGUUGUUGAACAAUAAACUGGUAUUUGAUAUUGUGGGUAGCUCAAUUGGUAGAGCAUGGUGCUUGCAACGCCAGGGUUGUGGGUUUGAUUCCCACGGGGGGCCAGUAU